CCUCUCAUUUCACUCUUCCCUGACUGUGACGCAUCGUUCUGCACAGGAAAGCGACAGAGUCCUGUCUGUGCGUUCCAUAAUGGUCUAGGUUACCACGGAGCUGUUGUGCAUACGUCUGAGCAGACAUGUCACACAAAGAGGACUGUAAAGCGAAGGAGAGUCCCGUGGAAAAAAGCCUCAGGACGCCAGGGCUUAGGGGGGCGCGGACUACUACACUGUUCCGAGCGAUCAACCCUGAGCUCUUCAUCAAACCUAAUAAACCAAUGAUGGUGUUUGGACUGGUGAGCAUCACUCUAUGUAUGGGAUACCUGGGCUAUCUGCACGCAAUGAAAGAGAAUGACCAGCAGCUUUAUGAAACCAUCAACAGUGAAGGGGAAAGAAACACAAGGAGGAAGACAUCCAAAUGGGAGUGAUGGCUAAUGUUCUAAAAUACUAUUUUGAAUGUGUGUGUCGAUGUGCUGUAAGAACCCAGUGAAUUAAAACCUGACUGGACUGAACCAA